AUGGCAAUUUUACAAGAACAAAAUGAGGCGCUUGCUCAGAAAAGGAGAUUGGCUAAGCAGAAAGAAAAGGCACGUCGAUGCAGACCGAGAAAGCUCAAAAGGGGAUUAGGGGGGGUUGGUAAGCUGAGUAUGGUUAAAGAUCUAAGAAAUAAACAGAAGCUGAAUAUGCUAGGUUUGAUUGAGACCAAAAUGCAAGUUGUGACUAAGUUUGAUGUAAUUCGUUAUUGGGGGAGUGAUGCUGUGGGGUGGGAGUAUGUAGGUUCGGAUGGCACGUCUAGAGGGCUGUCGUUAAUGUGGGAUGUCAUGCUAUUUAGAAUGAAUAACUGCUAUAAAGGGGAGAGAUGGUUAUGUGUUGAAGGAGUCUUAUUGAAAAAUAAUUUUCCUUAUGCUUUCUGUUUAGUAUAUGGUGCUCAUUCUAGAAUGGAAAAACUUGCUGUGUGGGAGAAGCUGAGCUUUAUAGCCGGUUUAUGUCAAGUUCCAAUAUGCUACAUGGGUGACCUUAAUGAGGUUACUCAGGUGGAAGAGAGGAAAGGUCAGGACAGGUUAACAAGGUCUGCAGAAGACUUUAAGUGUUGGAUACAAGACAUGCAGUUAGUGGAUCUACCAUUGAAUGAUCAUAAAUUUACAUGGUUUAGAGGCUGCUCCUGCAGUCGCAUUGAUAGAGUUUUACUGAGUGUAGAAUGGAUGGACGAGUUUCCGGAGAUUCGGUUAAAAGGGGGGACGAAAGGCCUAUUGGUCAGAGAAAAAUGGAGGAAUCUUGGUGUGAUACAAUUCACAGAAAAGCUGAAGGCUUUAACAGUGCCUUUGGGAAGGUGGCAUAAGAAGAAAUUUGGUGACAUGGACAAGAAGAUUCAGCGCUUUGAGGAGGAGAUCAGGAAGAUAGACGAAUUGGUAGCAAAUGGAGUUUAUGAUGGUACUAUGGAGGCUAAAAGGAAGGCUCUAGAGAGAUCACCGGUUGUGGGUUUCAGGGACGGACUGGUAAAUCGGAUUAAUGAAGAAGACUCGAUAGCUCUGGAGAGAUUACCGACAAUGGAGGAGAUUAAAGAAGCUGUUUGGGAUUGUGAAUCAUCCAAGGCUCCAGGAAGUGAUGGGUAUAACAUGAAUUUCAUCAAGAAGUGCUGGGAUGAGUUUGGGGCAGAGUUCAUGGCAGCUGUUCUAGAUUUCUUUCAAUCGUCAAGAUUACCUUCUGAUUCCAAUAUUACUUGGGUGGCCCUUGCACCUAAGUUCACCGGAGCAAAGGAGAUCAAGGACCUUCGGCCGAUCAGCAUGGUUGGUUGUGUUUAUAAAGUAAUCUCCAAGGUGAUGGUUAGGAGGAUGAGCUCAGUCAUGCCAGGUCUGGUAGGGGAGACUCAGAGCGCAUUUGUGAAGGGUCGGAAAAUACAUGAUGGGGCUCUUAUUGCAUGUGAAACAGUGCACUGGUUAAAGACAAGGAAGAAGAAAGCGGCAAUCAUUAAACUAGACUUCCAGAAAGCCUAUGACCGGGUAAAAUGGAGUUUUGUGGAUAUAGUGCUACAGAAGAUGGGCUUUGGCUGGAGAUGGAGGGAAUAG